AAUCCGUGCUUGGUAAGGGUUGUGCAAAAGCAACGUGGGUGGUUUGCUUGUCUGGGUGUGCGGGGUAUUCAUGCCAGUGUUGUUUUACAGACAAUGGUACGUGGACUCAGCUGUGGUUGGUGUCAGACUAUCACGAGCACGGGUCACUCUUUGAUUACCUGAACAGGUACACGGUAACAGUGGAAGGGAUGAUAAAGUUGGCCUUGUCUACUGCCAGUGGUCUUGCUCACCUCCACAUGGAAAUUGUUGGCACGCAAGGCAAACCAGCAAUUGCCCACAGAGAUUUGAAAUCAAAAAACAUAUUGGUAAAAAAGAACGGAACGUGCUGCAUUGCAGACCUGGGACUGGCGGUCAGGCACGAUUCAGCUACGGACACAAUUGAUAUUGCCCCAAACCACAGAGUGGGAACAAAAAGGUACAUGGCACCUGAAGUUCUAGAUGAUUCCAUAAACAUGAAACACUUUGAGUCAUUCAAACGAGCAGACAUCUAUGCAAUGGGAUUAGUGUUUUGGGAAAUAGCUCGGCGAUGUUCAAUCGGUGGAAUUCACGAGGAUUACCAGUUGCCGUACUACGACCUCGUUCCCUCAGAUCCCUCUGUUGAAGAAAUGAGGAAAGUUGUGUGUGAGCAGAAGCUAAGACCCAAUAUUCCAAACAGAUGGCAGAGCUGUGAGGCACUCCGAGUAAUGGCAAAGAUUAUGCGGGAAUGCUGGUACGCCAACGGAGCCGCCAGGCUAACGGCUCUGCGCAUCAAGAAAACCUUGUCGCAACUGAGUCAGCAGGAGGGGAUAAAGAUGUGAUCCUGGAUUCGCUGCCGAAGGACACUGUAAAAAUCUCUGUCUGCGCCGGAGUGGCGAGUUGAGAAGGUCAAUUGUUCUACCUCAGCGGGGGAACAGAAGGAUAUUGCUGCCUUGUAGUACUUCAUAGGAACGUCACUUACUAGGAUUUUUGUGGACGUGCUAAACAGUUGUGUUGGGUCCUUUCUGUGCACUACGAACCUC